AUGUCGAAUUUCGAGCCAAAUGCAAUCAUUCGCGGGGCCCAACUCACACUAGUCGGCGCCCAUCGAGCUCUGCAGAAUCCCUCCCUUUUUAAGUCGGAGCAUUACAGGCAAGCGGCGCUGGCGGCUUGUGCGGGGAUUGCCAUACGCCUUAUCAUCUCCAUUCCGGUCAUCGCUGUCAAGUUCGGAAUAUGGCUCCUCUCCUGGAUCAUCGAUCUGGAGGCAGCAACUUGGGACGACAUAGUCCUUGGCAGGCUGGACUUCAUAUCCACAUACGUCCUCCAGGUGCCAUUCUUGCUCAUGACAUUGAUGCGCUAUGUCACCCCGACCCUCGAUGAUAUAAUGUACUCUACCAUGUCAUCUAAGGAGCCUGGUGGGAAGGGCAGUUUGGCAUCGUCCUUCAAAGCCUUCGUGACCCGCUAUGGGCGGAAAACAGCCCUCUCCAUCGCCGUCUAUCUGCUCUCGCUGCUCCCAGUCAUUGGACGGUUUGUGCUUCCCUCCGCCAGCUUUUAUACGUUUAAUAAGGCAGUGGGAACGGUGCCGGCGCUUGUCAUCUUUGGGUCGGGGCUGUUUGUCCCGAGGAGGUUCCUGGUGAUGUUUCUGCAGACAUACUUUUCGUCGAGGAGUUUGAUGCGGGAACUUCUCGAACCCUACUUCACCCGCAUAAAAUUCACCAAAUCGCAAAAACGCCUCUGGUUCCACGAUCGCGAGGGCGUCCUCUUCGGCUUCGCCGUCGGUUUCUACACCAUGCUCCGCAUCCCCCUGCUAGGCGUGCUUAUGUACGGCAUCGCGGAGGCAUCAACGGCGUAUCUUAUCACCAAGAUUACGGAUCCGCCGCCGCAACCGGCUUAUGUCGAAGGGUUUGCGGAGAGUCAGGUGAGGUGGCGGAAUAAGCAUGCGUUUCUGGGGUUGUCGUUGGAUUCGUUGGAUGUUUAUAAUGUGAAGGCGGCGGGGGAGGGGGAGGGGCAGGGAAGUGAUGGGAAAAGGAUUUGA